UUGAAGAGAUUAGGAAAGUAUGCAGUGCAAAUGAAUUCAUGGGAAUUUGGCAGAUUUUUGCACUUGCAUCAGUUUUGGGAAGGCCUCUGCAAUCAGUUUAUCCAAAUCGUGGAAAUCCAAAUGUGAGAAAAGAUCUCAAUCGAUCAAUCUUGCCAAGGGAAAUGGAAAGCAACACACCUGCAUAUAUCCUCUGGUCAUCAAACAUAAAUGAUGAAAUGACAUAUGCUCAUUGGAUUCCAAACCAUUUCUGUCCAAUUUUGAAGAUGUCCAUAAAUGAUGAUGUCCUUGAAUACAGUACUGACACUCUUGGAGAUAUAGACCUGGAAAACAUCAGCGGGUUGUCUGAGCAGCUGGCUUCAUGGGUCAUGGAUUUACUUGAUGACAGUGAUUCAGACGUCAGCAAUAACCAAUAUAAUAUGGAUGAGACCACAGCUGAUCAACACUCCUCAUUGGAUAAACUGACAGAUAACCAGUCCUCGAUGACAGUUAAACCCAUGGAUGUCCAAACUUUUGCUUCAGUUCAACCGGAAGAGGCUCUGAUGUCCAACUUGCAGGACAACAGUGAACAGAGCAACAAUAGUAUUGUUGUGUCUAAGGAUGAGACCACAGCUGAUCAACACUCCUUAUUGGAUAAACUGACAGAUAACCAGUCCUCGAUGACAGUUAAACCCAUGGAUGUCCAAACUUUUGCUUCAGUUCAACCGGAAGAGGCUCUGAUGUCCAACUUGCAGGAUAACAGUGAACAGAGCAACAAUAGUAUUGUUGUGUCUAAGGAUGAGACCACCACUGAUCAACACUCCUUAUUGGAUAAACUGACAGAUAACCAGUCCUUGAUGACAGUUAAACCCAUGGAUGUCCAACCUUUUGCUUCAGUUCAACCGGAAGAGGCUCUGAUGUCCAACUUGCAGGAUAACAGUGAACAGAGGGACAAUAGUAUUGUACUGUUCCAAGAGAAGCCCUUAUAUGACCAGCUCUUAGUCUCUGAGCACUACACUAAAAGAUAUAAUGAGCAACAGAGGUUGAUGUGUGGCCCUAUGUUUACUUCUAUACCCACAAGAAGGAGGACUUGUGGAUAAGUGCAUCGAUACGCCAUUCCAUAAUAUCAUCAGAGGUGGUCAAACCAAUAGACCCGCCAGAUGUCUGUUUGAUUGGAACUAGACGAUUUAUGUACAAAUUCAAAGAUCUUUGAACUUCAGGAAUCUGUGCCAGAGAGUGUUCCAAGUUUUAUGUCAAAUAAAAUAUUUGGUUAACGUU